AUGCCUCGAGCUCCGAGAGAAACUCACUCAAACAACCAUAAAAACGAGGAAAAACGUACUUUCUCAACGCAAAUAUCAGCAGCCAAACCCCCCUCUACAGCUGACAUUGGAGAACUACUGCGGAGGCCCCAAAACUUCCAGAGGCCCGACAUGGCGCCACAACUGGAGGGCCUGUACCACUCGUUCAGCGAGACCACCGAAUCGGAAGAGGAAGACUAUGGCACUGGAGCAGUGGGCAGACCGAUCCAGUCACCCACGAAACCUAGCCUCACUGAGGAAAAGCUCAAGGUCAUACUGGGAGAGCUGCGCCGCAACAUAGCAGCCGACAUCGGAGUCUUCCGCGACAAGAUCAGUGGAGUGGUGGCCCGUCUGCAAAACGCGGAGCUAAACACAGCCGCACAAGAAUCCCAUCUGGAAUUGGUGGAACAACAAAUUCUCACACCUGCAAAAGACACAAAAACAACACCAAGUCAACAUGGCAGCACUUGA